GAGAGAAACAUUGUUAUCAACAAACCUUCUCCAUCCAUUCAUCAUUCAUACAUACACACAUGCUUCCCCAUUUCUCAAACCUUCUCCGCCACACUCAUUCCAUCAACUCCAUCAUGCCACGCGCCAUCACGUGCCUCCAUCAACUCCAUUCCUAUUCCAUAUUCAACAACAACAACGCCGCCGGCGUCCCUUUCUGUAACCCUCCUCGUCGUGUCUCUUUUGCGCUUUUUGAUCGCAGCGUCAAGAGCCACCAGCCACAACCGUUUAGGGGAGUCCGUGCCAGCGGCGGAGGAGGAGGAGGAGGAGGAGGAAAGAGGGAGUAUCGUAAAGUAAGAAGUCGAACGCCAAAGCGCAAGAAGAAAGAGUUGGAAUUCUCCGUUCCCAUUUGCAUCGAAGAAAGUUUGCCAGAUGAUCCUGAAAUCUUGAAUAUUGCAGAGAUGCUUCGUCUAAAUGUUCCAAUGGCAAUGAAACUGGCAUUUGAUGGUUUGAAAGGUUCAGAGUAUAAAACAAGAGAUACUUCUAUAAAGGAUGUUGGCGGGUUUGAAAGUGUUGAGUUAUCCGUGCUUCUUUGCAAUGAUGAGUUUAUGCGAAGUCUUAACAAGGAAUGGAGAGGUGAAGAUCACGCUACUGAUGUUCUCUCAAUGUCACACCAUGUGUCUGAAGUCGAUCUUCCUAUUCUUAUGUUUGGUGAUAUUGUAAUUUCUGUUGAGACAGCGGCAAGACAAGCUGAGGAAAGAGGGCACACACUUCUUGAUGAGAUCCGUAUCCUCAUGGUCCAUGGAUUGUUACAUCUUUUGGGAUUUGAUCAUGAAUUAAGCGAAGAGGCUGAAGUAGAAAUGGAGAAAGAAGAGGAACUCCUUUUGAGGAGUCUUGGUUGGAAAGGAAAAGGGCUAAUAAAGAGUGCAUAUGAUGAUGCUGAAACAAAUUCAAAAUCUAGCCAAAAAAGUUCAGAUGACAGGAAGAAAGAAGGCAGUCUUAGAUUUUACAAACCGAAGUACAACUAUAUCUUCUGUGAUAUGGAUGGAACAUUGCUGAACAGCAAAAGUCAAAUUUCUACUUCAACUGCCAAGGCUUUGAGAGAGGCCUCAGCAAGGGGUGUGAAAAUUGUGAUAGCCACUGGAAAAGCUCGUCCAGCUGUGAUAGAUAUUUUUAAGAUGGUGGAUUUAGCUGGAAAAGAUGGCAUUGUUUCAGAAUUCUCUCCUGGGGUUUUCUUACAGGGAUUGCUUGUUUAUGGUAGACAAGGUCAAGAAAUAUAUAGGAGCAGCUUAGAUCCAAACGUCUGUAGAGAGGCAUGUCUUUACUCUUUGGAGAGUAAGGUUCCACUUAUUGCAUUUUGUGAAGGUCGCUGCUUAACCCUUUUUAAUGACCCACUUGUUGAUUCACUUCAUACAAUAUACCAUGAGCCAAAGGCUGAGAUCAUGCCUUCUGUUGAACAUCUUCUGGCUUCUGCAGACAUACAGAAAAUGAUUUUCUUAGGCACUGCCCAGAGUGUGGCGGAUACGUUACGUCCAUACUGGUCAGAUGCAACACAAGGUCGUGCCACUGUUGUUCAAGCUGUGCCAGACAUGCUGGAAAUUGUACCCUUGGGAACAUGUAAAGGGAAUGGAGUAAAACUGCUGCUUGAUCACUUGGGAGUUACUGAUGAUGAGCAGAUAAUGGCUAUUGGUGAUGGGGAAAAUGAUGUAGAGAUGCUUCAGCUAGCUUCUUUAGGUGUUGCACUCAGCAAUGGAUCAAAGAAGACCAAAGAUGUGGCUAAUGUGAUUGGUUUAAGCAACGAUGAAGAUGGUGCAGCCGACGCCAUCUAUCGAUAUGCAUUCUGAUCAGCUGGAGGCUACUACAAUCAUUGCAUUCCCUUUCUAUAGGGGUGUAAGUUGACACCCCUUAUUAUUUUUUGGGUCCCAUUCAUUUUCCAUUACAAAAGGCUGUUAUUGCGAAAAUAUUUGAUGAGUUUUCUUUUUGGGUUAUAUUCAUUUGCCAUGGUAAGUAAUAAUUCUUGUGGGGACUGAGGAUCAUACAAAUAUAGGCAAAACGUUAAUUAUACAUUUGUUCUAGAAUUUCUGA